AAUUAGUUGAAGUUUUGGGACAGAAAUAUUAGAGGCACUAAGCUACCAUAUGAUGUUGAAAACGAAGCAGACACACGAGCUCUUCGCUCAUCGCUCUUCGGGCAGAGUUCAAUGACCAGCCGUGAACGAAAUUUUAGCUGGCAGUGUGUGUGUGGGUCGGUACUGUGCUUGUAUUGCAACAUUUUGCUUUGGCGCGAUUUCAUGGCAAAGUAAAAGUUGUGGGGCACAAACACACACACACACACACACACACUCUCAUGUUUAAACAAAUUCCCCGAACACCCGCAUGGUGUGCGCCAUUUCGAAAUUGUGUUAAAAGUUGAACGAACGCACUUAACCCAAAUCCAUAAUGGAGACACCAGAGCGAGGCCAUCUCUAUGGACUUACUCUCUUUAGCUUCCUCUCUCUUGCUCGACAGAGAGAGAAAAAUGAUCUCCCCGUUACGCUGACUGCAUUUGUUAUUAUUGAGUUUUGUAAUAAUUUGUUUAAAUUAGGCGCACAGCCCGGAAAAUAUUUACAGGAAAUAGCCAGCGAUUAUGAAAGCAACUCUCACACACACACACACUCACACUCUUUCCAAAAACUCUCUUGCACUCUCUUUCCACGUUCAUUGACUUCCCGCUUAGGCGGCCAUGUUUGCUGUUUGCAGUUGAAAAAGAAAACGAAAGUGGUUCAUGCGUGUGUAAAAGAGAGCGAGAGAGAGAGAGCGCUGCUUUGUAGGCAACACGCAGACGCAGCCUUUUGUGUAAUAGUAUUUGUUGGAAGCUCCGAUGUUGUAAUUAAUGGAUUAGAUUUUGAUUUUAAUUUUAUUUUAGAGCUAGUUUGGGGAGAAUAAUAAUAAUUAUUAUUUAAUUGUUAAAAAAAAAAACUAAGAAAUUUUCAAUGUCACAUUUGAAAUUCAAACAUUAAUUAGCCGCUAACCCCGAGCAGAGCCAAUAAUUUUUUAGCAAAUCCUUGAACUAGUUCUGUGGCAAGCUAGUGCCAAAAAUAAGUCAAGUGAACCGAACAAAAAUUCGACCGCCAACAGUCGAACUCGGCAACAGCAGGCAGGCAGGCAGCAAUGAAAUGAAAUCGAAAAAAAAAUAAAAUAAACAGCAAAUUUCGAAUUGUUUAUAAUAAAAAUGACCGUGUGCUAUUUAAGUGACGGCGACUGCGCUGCUACGGCUGCCAGUGCUGCUGCUGCUUUGCCUUAUCUUUCAAGGAAAAUUAAAAUAAAACGCACACGCCAAAAAAAAUACAAAAAAAUAAAAAUAAAUAAAUAAAUACAAAAAAAAAACAAGGCAACUGUGAGCAAGGGCCUCUGAUGUACCGUUAUAAGAGCAACUGACCUAGAAAAAAGUCCCAAUAUCAUAAUUUUAUUUUUAUUUUGGAAAAAAAAAAGAAACUACUUUCACUUUUACAUCCAUAAACACGAAAAAAAAAAUAAAUAAAUAAUUGGCGAGCAUUUCGAAACACUUUCUUUUUCAUUUCGUUUCGUUACAUUUUGGCUGCUUUCAUAAUUUCUUUCGGGGCAGCAGCAGUAAUAGGCGCCAUUUUGAUGGUGUUUUUUUUGUGUUUUUCCUUUUUUUUUUAUUUUCUUUUUUGUAUUGCAAAGACACGAAAAUAACGCAAGAAAUGAAAACGAAACCGAAAUUUAGCGCACACACACACAGAGACAUCCAUCUGCCCACAGACAUGGCGAAGCAAGCGCCGCCCCACUCCCCACCUCCCCCCCGAUUCGAAAUACGUCCUCACUCAGCUCAGUUCAUUGACCGCCGCUGACGUGCAGCAAAACUGGGUCACCAAUGGCAGCGACGCAGCAGCGCCGUCGACAGUGAAGGUGCUUGCGAUAGUAUUAGUGAUGGCAGUAUCGGUGUGAGCUCUGUUCAUUUUGCAUUUUGAUUUUUUUUUCUUUUUUUUUUCGUGGGUUUUACUUUUGGAUUUAUUAGAUCGCCUGGGCUAGUCUGGGCAAGUAAAAAAAAAAAAAUACAUAUAUCUUUGCUUAUUGUUUUGUAUUUUUUGUAUUUUUUUUUAUUAGCAGGCACUUGCAACAGGCACACAUGCUGGCUUUUAAUUGAAAUGAACUUAAAUUAGCGCGAGGUUAGGCGAAUUGAAAGUAAAUAUGCAACACGAACGAGAUAGAGAUGGAGAUAGACUAGCCUAGUCUCUAGUUAAUUUUUUUUAUUAUAAAUUCCACCCUAAAAAAAUAAAAUAAUAGAUAGCAAUUAGUUGUCUCCGAAAAGCUUAUAAAAUAAUCAAACAAUUGUCAAUUAUCAUCAAAAGGCUAUGUAGGUUUAUGCCACAAUACUAAUACAUAUGUACAACAACUAUGACAUGAUCAUAGUUGUUAUUGUUGUUGUCGCAAUCAUUAUUAUUUUGAGGCUACAAACACACAUACACACACACACACACAGAGGCAACAUGCAUGUAGAUUUCGCCUUGCCUCGCCGCUGCGAGUGUUUUGAACUUUAUUCAGGUCAAUUACAAAUACAUUAAAAUGCCACUGCUACACAUGGCAGGCGGCAAGCAAGCUGUUGACUAAAAUAAUAUUGGAGGCUACGAGAUGGGGGCUUUUUUUGUUUUUGGGGUUGGGCUGAGGGUAGGCAGGAGUUGCAACAACAGUUCAAGGAGCCUGCCACAGCUUACAGCUUCAAAUGGCCAUGAUGGGGUUCUAUUCGAUAGUUUCUUAGCUAUCUUGCCACUUGUACAACAAUUACUUGCCCCAUAAGUGAAAUCAUAAAAAAAAGCAGAAAAAAGAGCAACGGCAGCUGCUAGUUGACAAGUUGAGAGUUUUGAGUUUUUUUUUUAAAUUAUUUUCUUUUAUUUUGUCUUUUUUGGUUACAUAAAGUGGCGUUUUUUUUUUAGCUGCCUCGGCUGCCUUCACCUGCCUUCACAAAAAAUGGUUAACGGUGAAAUUGCAAAGAAAAGAGCGCCAAAAGAAAAGAAAACAACAAAAAAGAAGAAGCAGAAGAAGAGAAAAAAAAGAGUGGCAGGCAAACGUAACAAACUUGUUUUACACGCCACUACGCAAGUUGAACCUUCAAAAGGUUCAUUUACCUCGCCAGAGCCGAAGCCGAGUUGAAAACGAACCCGAACUGUCCAACAACCACCCGAACAACCAAAUACCCGAAGCCGAAGCCGAACCCGAUGCUGAACCGAUGCAACCGCUCUUCGGGCUUUUAAAGAUGGCCGAGUGUUGGCUGCUUGGUGGGAUGAGGGAGGGAUGGGGGGAUUGCUGUGAAAAAUGUACUUUCGCUUUUUUCAAUGCCUCGGCGCCAAAAAAAAAAAAAGAAAAAACCAAACUAGUUUGCAGCUCUCUCGGAGAGCGUGGCAUAGAGGAGCGUUGCAGCAAUCUCCAGCAGCGUUUUGGGCCACAGUUAAACGACCGAGCCGACCGAGUUCAACGACUCUUGUAAAAUUUCUCGAAGGUUUCGCAUUGCAACAUCAGUCGCAGUCGCAGUCUCAGUCUCUGUCGCUGCAGUCGCAACUUGUUCGAAGCUGCAUUUGCAUUGCAUGGCAUCUCUCUCUCUCACUCUCUUGGUCGUUCGUGUUCUGAAUUGCUGUUCAUUGCACUCGGCCUCGUUUUCGGCUCGCUCGUGUUCGCUUGCUCGUUCGACUGCAAUUUUUGCACGACGUCAGAGCCGGGCUACUAGGGGUGGGGCGGGGGAGAGCAUGGCGAGUGGGGGCCAUUGGGGGCUUUGCAGUUUUGUCGCCGAGUGCAGCGACUUCUAUUUGGGUCAGGCACGGUCAUUCGCCUCAGUUGCAGCGCCGCCUCAGUUACUGCUGGCAGCGACUGAGACAGCGGUCGCCUUGGCGCGCAUUUAUUUGAAAAUGAUUAGAGGCACGAAUUGGAAUUAUUUUUGCGUACAUACGCGUUGGCAAUAGAUGCCGAUCAGCUUGACCCAAUUUUCCAGGGGGGAACUCAUAAACAAGUUGAGGUAUUUGUUGGAUUACCGAGGGGAGAGCAGGGAAGGUCAAGGGUGGUGGAGAAGAGGUGAAGAAAUGGGAUUUAAAAAAUGUUAUUACUCAUACGCACUGUUGUCAGAACUCUUUAUAGAGCUAUUUCUUAUAAAAUUACUCUAUUUAUGAGGCUUAAAAUUAAUUAAAAAAUAAAAUAAAAAAAUUUUAAUAUUACGUAGCCGCCCUGUAUGCCACCGUUUUUUUUUUCUUCAAAAAUAACUCUAUUUAUGAAGCUUGAGAUUUAUUUAAAAAUAAAAUAAUAUACAAAUUAUGAAUUUCUAUCUGUUUUUUUUUUGAUAAACUAAAAUUUCAAUAUUACGUAUCCGCCCUGUAUGCCCUCGUUGAAAAUGUGAAAUAUUCCCAUUUUAUGGCUUUUGUUUGAUUUUCGCCUUUUGUUUUCCACUUCAUCGAUGAGAAAUGAAACGAGCACGACCUUUUCAUGUAAAAUUAAUAAUAUGGCACAGGGUCUACUGAGACUCUACUCUACCCUGAGCGAUCCGAGCGAUGUCAUGUGUGUGCUACGAGCUAUGUGCUAUAAGGUCUGUGCUCUGUGCUCUGUGCUCUGUGCUAUAUGCGCAAUGGCGACCUCCCCAACGUUUCAUUGAAGUAUUUUUUUUCAUGACCCACAAAAUUCGAAACACAUCGAAGGCUCUCCUCCGAAGCCGAAAAUAAAAUUACAAGCAAGUGGCUGGCGGUUGGGCGGUCGGGCGGGCAGUGUUGCUUUCUUUUGUUGAGAAAUUUCAAGAAACUCCAAAACAAAACACUCGCCAUGCCAUGUCUUUAUUAUUAUGUUGUUAUUAUUAUUAUUAUUAUUUGUGUGUCCCCCCCCCUUUCUUACGAUAGCAUUUCCUUUGUGAGUGAGUGCCUCCCUUUGUUCCACUGUCUCUCUGUCUCUCUGUAUCUUUCCACAUAUUUCGAUCGCGUUGUAAACAACUUACGCAAGCAAAACAAAAAAAAAAAAUAAAUAAUAAAAAACAAAAUAAAAAAUCCAAAGCUUAUGUGACUUUACGUAAACCAUCACUGAGGUGUAUUUUUUUUUUUUUUGUUUGUGAAUCACCUUUUAUUCGAAAACCCAAAACCGAAAGUAGGCCUAUCACUGUAUGUAUGAGCUCUGGAAGGUGCAAUGAACUCUCGGGGAUGUCUCUUGGAUAAACAACAAGUUUGUUUUGUCGGCUUGCGCUUCAAAUUUCUUCGUAAUUCAGGAAGUAGUCAUCCAGUCCAAACAAUAACAAGAAAUCAUAAACAAUUUCGAGUUUAGAAAGCCACUCGAUACAAGGUAGCGUCUCUCGGUGAAAGUGAAACUUGUUAAUUGGCUUUUAAUUGCUGGCAUUAUUAUGAAUGUCAAUUGUGGCCAACAGAGAGACGGAGAGAGAGAGAUGCUAUUGAACUGGUUUACAGCUCGUUGAAGAAGAGUCUUAUGUAAGAUACUAAGAAACUAAGAAAAAUAAGCUACUACCUCAAUAGACUCCCCAAUUACAAAGUUAUCACAUCGCUGUGGUUACAUUUUCGGGGCCACCUUCUUCGACCCACUUCCAGUUGUCUGCUGAGCGAUUAGCCCCAAUCUUCAUGGCUCUUAUGCAACUUUAUAGGCCUACUGAUUGGUCAACUCUGUGCUCUGGUCUCUGGACUUGCAUUUCCGCGGCACGCACUCUGUUUUCUACCCAAAAACAGUCAACCAACAACUUUCACUUUUACUUUCGUCAGACGGUCGGUCAAUUGGUUGGUCUGCCGGAAUGAUUAUUAAAUUUUUGUUCGUUUCGUUGUUGGCCUCAUUCGGUUCGGUGGCGGCUAAGUUCAUUGACCAUUGGAGUGGUGGUGCCUGGCGGUGGGGGUUAACCGAACCACUCGCCAUGCGAUGACAAAGCCCGAGUUUGAAUAAAAACAAACAAUCUGGAACAGUCAUGAGCGUGUUUGAUGAUCGAAUGAGUCAUUUGGCGCAUCAGAAUCUGCAUUUUUCAACGGCCUCCCCUUCGUCAAAGCGCCGAGGCUUAACCCUCGACAGCCAGACGGGGCCAGAGGUGUCGUAAAUUAUCCACUCAAGCGUGAAAUCAUCAAGUGUAUGAUUUUACAAACUCAUUACUGGCCUUAGGCCUCAACAGGCAGCCUCCAGUCUCUGGCUCCCAGCCUCCAGUUCACAUUUUCCACCUGCCAACGUGACGUAUGAGCGAUAUUUUCCCAUACAUCACUCAUACGCACCGUGAACUGCAAAAAUUAUUCAAAAAAUGGCAAAGAAAAUUCUACGAGUGAGGGAAAAGCUCUUCAAAAGCUUUUCUAUCUCAACACAAAUUACUCUUUCGUGGUGAAAAGCUUUUAAGCUUAAGAGUAUUUCAUGGCAUUGCUUAAGAGAGAGAGAGUAUCUCUUCUAAAGAGAACCUAUGCGGCGAGCAAUGAACUUUGGCGGCUAAAGAGAGAGAUAUAAGCGGCGAUAAAGCGCCCUUAAAAACAGAUCUGGGGGCAACAGCUUGUGGCAAGUUUAUCAGCAAAAGCUUAUCAGCGCUUGAACUUGCUUUGUUUGUGGGUGGAUGGGUGAACUGCAGAAAUAUUUGCUAAAAAAAAAUCACAAAUAAAUGUAAAUUAUUUAAAUAAUUUGUUUAAAUAUUUUUAGUAAUUAAUAAUAUUAUUUAUUAAAAUAAUAAUCUUAUUUGGAACAAGUUAUUUUGUUAAAUUUUAGUAAAUAUUUGAACUUGGCUUAUCAGUGACUCAGUUGGUCGCUCUCUUCAGCUGGCUAGUACCAUAACAAAUAUUACUCAUACGUCAGAGAGCUUACUGGAGAGAGAGAGACUCCUCUCUCUUGUGCGGCAUUUUGGUUCGCCUCUCCUGCCCGCCCCGAAGCUCGGCCAUUGUGUUUUUUUUUUUUUACCUUUGGGUAUAUUCGUAACGCGCUCUGGCUUUUACAGUUAGUCGCGUUCGAGACCUUGUCGAGUUUUGUCAUGUUAGCCAGCGAUCCGAGAGAUCCGAUUUCGACUUCGAGAUUCGAAAUAUAAGCCAAGAAAUACCGCACGCGAGUGUUGCCGCCAAAAAGCCAAAUAAGAGUUAAUAGUUACACUAAACACAGUUACUAAGAUUAAACCAAACUAAUACUAAUAGUUAAUGUGAAGAAAAGUCGACCAAGUCUCUCCCUCCCAAGAAACACUCUCUCUCUCGUCUGUCUGGAUUACGCGCUUAAAUUAAAAAAAUAUUAUUUAUUUGCUAAAAUAAAAAAAUAUUCCAACAAAAUAAAUAAGAAAGAAUGUGAAAGCCAAGAAUUUGUAAAAAGAAAAGCAAACAAAGUUCCUCUCUCAAAACAAACAAAAAAAUUAAAUUCAAUAUUUAAUUAAAAUAUUUAAGUGAAAAAAAAGGAAAAUAAAAUUAAAAAGUUACAAGUACCUGAGUUCGACUCUCCAACCAAAGCCAGUGUUUUUGUGCCAAAAAACAACAAAAAUAUAUAUUUAAUGAGCCAUCUGAGUGGUUGAAGUGCCCCCCCUGUCCCCCCUUUUGGAAAAGGGAGCAAGUCAAAUUACCAAAUCUCCAAAAAAAUAAAACACAAAAAUAAAAUCACAAAAAUGGGCGAAGAACUGCCGAUAUUGAAGGGAAUUCUCAAAGGCAAUGUCAACUAUCACAAUGCCCCUGUGCGUUUUGGACGCGUGCCGAAGCGCGAAAAGGCGCGCAUCCUUGCCGCCAUGCAACAAAGUACACAGAAUCGCGGCCAACAAAGGGCUUUGGCCACUGAGCUUGAUGAUCAGCCACGCCUACUCGCCGCCGUGCUGCGCGCCCACCUCGAGACCUGCGAGUUCACCAAGGAGAAGGUCUCAGCGAUGCGGCAACGGGCCCGCGAUUGUCCCUCCUACUCCAUGCCCACAUUGCUGGCCUGUCCUCUGAAUCCCGCCCCUGAACUGCAAUCGGAGCAGGAAUUCUCGCAAAGAUUCGCCCACGUUAUCCGCGGUGUCAUUGACUUUGCCGGCAUGAUUCCCGGCUUCCAGCUGCUCACCCAGGACGACAAGUUCACGCUCCUGAAGGCCGGCCUCUUCGACGCCCUCUUCGUGCGUCUCAUCUGCAUGUUCGACUCCUCCAUCAACUCGAUCAUCUGCCUGAACGGGCAGGUGAUGCGGCGGGAUGCCAUCCAGAAUGGAGCCAAUGCCCGGUUCCUGGUCGAUUCGACCUUUAACUUUGCGGAGCGCAUGAACUCGAUGAACCUGACGGACGCCGAGAUUGGACUCUUCUGCGCCAUUGUUCUGAUCACACCGGACCGACCCGGUCUCCGCAACCUGGAGCUCAUCGAGAAGAUGUACUCGCGGCUCAAGGGCUGCCUGCAGUAUAUUGUGGCCCAGAACAGACCCGAUCAGCCGGAGUUCCUGGCCAAGCUGCUGGAAACAAUGCCCGAUCUGCGCACUCUGAGCACCCUGCAUACGGAGAAGCUGGUCGUCUUCCGGACCGAGCACAAGGAACUUCUCCGCCAGCAGAUGUGGUCCAUGGAGGAUGGGAAUAACAGCGACGGACAGCAGAACAGCAAGUCGCCGUCGGGCAGCUGGGCCGAUGCCAUGGACGUGGAGGCGGCCAAGAGCCCACUGGGCUCUGUCUCCAGCAGCGAGUCCGCUGAUUUGGACUACGGCAGUCCGAGCAGUUCCCAGCCCCAGGGCGUCGGCCUCCCCUCGCCGCCCCAGCAGCAGCAGCCCUCGUCGCUGGCCAGCUCGGCUCCGCUCCUGGCGGCCACCCUCUCGGGGGGAUGCCCUCUGCGGAAUCGCGCCAACUCCGGCUCCAGUGGAGAUUCCGGUGCCGCUGACAUGGACAUCGUCGGCUCGCAUGCGCAUCUCACCCAGAACGGGCUGACCAUCACGCCGAUUGUCCGCCACCACCACCACCAGCAGCAGCAGCAGCAGCACCAGCAGAUCAGCCACUCCCAGCAGCAGCAACUCCACCCGCAGCAGCAGCAGCAGCCACAGCAGCAGCAACUGCACCACCAGCAGCACCCCCAGCUGCACCACCACUUGACAGCCGGAGCGGCACGCUACCGGAAACUAGACUCGCCCACAGAUUCGGGCAUCGAGUCCGGUAACGAGAAGAACGAGUGCAAGGCGGUGAGUUCCGGUGGCAGCUCCUCCUGCUCCAGUCCCCGCUCCAGUGUGGACGAUGCCCUCGACUGCAGUGAUGCCGCCGUCGCCAUUGCCGCCCAGGUGGGCCAGGUGCAGCAUCCCCAGCUGAGUGUGGUGGCCGUUUCCCCGGUCCGCUCGCCCCAGCCCUCGAGCAGUGGGCAUCUGAAGCGCCAGAUCGUGGAGGACAUGCCGGUGCUGAAGCGCGUCCUGCAGGCGCCGCCACUCUACGACACCAACUCCCUGAUGGACGAGGCCUACAAGCCGCACAAGAAGUUCCGGGCCCUGCGGCAUCGCGAGUUCGAGACCGCCGAGGCGGACGCCAGCAGCUCCACGUCCGGAUCAAAUAGCUUGAGUGCCGUGAGUCCGCGCCAGAGUCCCAUCCCGAACAGUGUGGCCACGCCCCCGCCGCCACCGGCAGCCAUGUCGGUGGGCUCCAGCCCGGCACCGCUGGGAGCCGGCACCGCCCAGAGCCAGCUGCAUAUGCACCUGACCCGCGGCAGCCCGAAGGCAUCGAUGGCCAGCUCGCACUCGGUCCUGGCCAAGUCCCUGAUGGCCGAGCCCCGGAUGACGCCCGAGCAGAUGAAGCGCAGCGACAUCAUCCAGAACUACUUGAAGCGGGAGAACAGCACGGCGGCCAGCAGCACCACCAGCGGCGGCAGCCUGAUGGUGGUGGGCGGCAACCGCAGCCCCAGCAGCAGCAGCAGCUCCACCCCGCCCCCGUCGGUGGUGGUGGGCCAGCAGCAGCAGCAGCAUCCGGGCCAGAACCAGCCGCAGCGGUGGGGCAGCAGCUCGGUGAUCACCACCACCUGCCAGCAGCGCCAGCAGUCGGUGUCGCCGCACAGCAACGGCUCCAGCUCCAGUUCCAGCUCCAGCUCUAGCUCCAGCUCAUCCUCCUCCUCCUCCUCAUCCUCCAACUGCAGCUCCAGCUCCGCCGGCAGCUGUCAGUACUUCCAGUCGCCGCACUCCACUAGCAACGGCUCCAGUGCCCCGGCGAGUUCCAGCUCCGGUUCGAACACCACUCCGCUGCUGGAGCUCCAGGUGGACAUUGCCGACUCGGCUCAGCCCCUGAAUCUGUCCAAGAAGUCGCCCACGCCGCCACCCAGCAAGCUGCACGCCCUGGUGGCUGCCGCCAAUGCCGUUCAGCGGUAUCCCACAUUGUCCGCCGAUGUCACUGUGACGGCCUCCAACGGAGGACCACCGUCGGCGGCGGCCAGUCCCGCUCCCAGCAGUAGUCCCCCGGCGAGUGUGGGCUCCCCGAAUCCGGGUCUGAACACCGCCGUGCACAAGGUCAUGCUGGAGGCGUAAGUGGGUGGGAGAGUGUAUGGGAGAGACAGAGACUGGGAGGUUGGAAGGCAAGGCAAGGAUCAGCAGGAUCGAAAAGAUCAGCAGGAUCGGCAGAAGUUGAAUUAAAUUAUUUUACCUUUUAAUUGAGCCGUGUACAAAGUUUGAAAGCAAAACCAACAUGCAUGCAAUUUAAAAAGCUAAUAUUUAAAGCAACAAACAAAACAACUACAAGUUAUUAAUUUAAAAUUAAUGAAAAAGAAAACCCAAGCUUGAAUGGUAUUACAAACAAAAAAUGAAAAUUAAAAACAAAAACCAGAAAAAAAACAUAAAUAUAUUUUAGCAGUUAAAACUUUAAAGUAGCAAGCAACCAACAAACAAACAAACAAAAAAAAAUAAUUAAAAUAUUUCUGAAGCUGCUAACCCCUCCCUUUUCAGACCCCCCUUUAUUCUAUCAGCCCUUGAUUGUUUUAUAAGUUUUAAGAUCUUGUUGUAAAUAUUAAUUAUGUUUUAAAGUAACUAUGUUUAACGCUUUAGUUUUUAGGCAGAGCAAAAACUACUUUGCUUUUUUUGGAUGUUUUUUGAAAAAACUGCAAAUUAUUAUUAUUAAAUUAAAUUUAUAAAAACAAAACACUGAACAAAAUGUGUGUGUGAAAUUUUUUAUUGUGCGAUCUCCGAGCAGAAUUGAAGUGCAGUUUGCAACAAAUUUGAACUACAAUUAAGUUGAGAACGAUUCAUUUUUUAUGAAUUAAACUAAUUUUAUGAAUUUGUUAUAGUUUCUUUUUCUCCACCAUCCCACUUUUUAUGGCUCUAUAGCUCUUCUUAUCCGCAUCCUUAUUUUUCUCCUUUGGCACAAAGCUCUUUGCUGAGGAAUCAAGUGGAAUGAAUAUUGUUUUCUAAUUUUAAAAAAUAAAAAACUACCACAAAAUAUAAUUAAAAGGAAAAAAAAAACAGAAAUGAAAAUCAAACAAAAUGCUUCAAGUGCGAUGAUGAUGAUGAGGAAUCAGAGAAACCCAACGUUAAAUAUAUUUGUUGUGUAAAUAGUUAAAUGUUAAAUUAAAAAAAAAAAAACACAAAAAACAAAAGCAUAUUUAAAGUACAUAUAAAUACACCUAAUUAUUAAAUGCUUAAAGAUUCAAUGUUCGAUUGGCAUCUUAGAAAACCAAUACAAAAAAAUACAAAAAAAAUGAAUGAAAAAACAGAAAUUAUGAUAUAUUAUUUAAAAGUAAAGUAUACAUUUAUAUUAAAGUGAAAACAUAAAAAAAAAAACAAAAAGAGUAAACUUGCGGUAGCAAAAAAACUAUUACAUUAAUUACAUUUUAAUUAUGCUGUACUAUUAUGAUUAUUAAUUAUUAUGAUUAAUUAAUUACUAUUUUUAUGCUUAGACAAAACCAACAACAAAAAACAAAGAAACAAACAAAAAAAACUCAACAAAAAACAAAAAAAAAAAUACACUGGCGCAGAAAUUUGUAUUGUCAAAUCAAUAAAAAAUUUGUUUAAAAAUUUUCAAAAAAAAAUCUUCAGUUCUUUUUAUUUCAAUUUUCUAUUUUCAAUUUUCAGUUGCAAGUUUUUCCAAUUUUUCAGUUUUUCUUCGGUUCGAAAUGGUAAGAAUUUAUGGUUUAUUUGAUUUAUUUUCGCUUCUACACGACUACCGUGCUGUAAAAAAAAUUAUUCACUAAAAGGUAUAUCCAAAGUAUUUAUAUAUCAGACUCUGAAUUAAAUCAACAACAAUUUUAUGUGUAUAAAAAUUUAAAAAAAAAAAUGCGCCACACGGAAAAUAUGUAAAAAAAAACGAAUAAUUCUCAGCGUUGAAAGGGGAGAUCUGAAGAGGAAAAAACAGAAAAAUUAUAUUCUUUUAAAAUUUAUGCAGCGUAGGCAAGGAAGUUGGUUCCACCUGAAAUCGCGAGAAUUAACAAAAGGUAUCACACUUCAAUAAUUGACUCUAAUAUAUAUAUAUUAUAAAUAUUAAAAAGAUAUAUACACGAGCAUACGUAGAUGAAACGAUUUUGGUGUCUGGAUGUAUGUAUGUAAGUGUAUGUAACAUUGUCCGUAACUUUUAGCCACAAAAACAACAAAAAAACAAAACAAAUAUUAUGUAAUUGUGUAUCUAAAAGUGAAUAUUUUAUGUAAAAUCUAUCCCAGCAUAUUUAUGAUGGAUGGUGAAAGGAUAUUGGGAAAGGAUAUUCGACCGAACGACGGCAGCGACAACUGAAACAAUGAAAUUGCGACAAUUAAGCGUAACGUAACGUAAAAAUAAAUGUAAAACGUAAUCGUAAACAGCCGUAAGAGUUUAACGUAACGUAAUAUAAACUAAAAAUUUGAAAGGAUUAUUUGAUUGAGAAAAUAAUGCAAUUUUUGAGGCAACUCCAGCUGAGGCAUAUGAAUUACAGUAUAAAUAAUAUCUACUAACAUACAAAAAUAUAUAUAUAUAUAUACACAUGAAUAUAUUUUCAAGGACAGUCACAAAUCAAAUUGAGGCAAAAAAAGAGUUUUUAAACGAAGAAAAGAAAGAUUUGGCAAAGAAUUUUCAAAAAAGUGAAGAAUGAAAAGUCGAAAGGCAAGAAAGCUACGAAAAAAACAAUGUUUCUGACAAUUGAUAAAAUCUCCAUUAAAAAAAAAUAUUAAAAAUUUAAAAAAAAAAGGAAAUUUGUAUUUGUGAAAUAAAAUAAUAUUACAGUUUGUUUUAAAUGGAAACACAAUGAAAAAACCCCCCCAGAAUGGAAUAUGUGAAUAAAAUAUUACAAAUAAGUAUUUAAAAUAUAUCAACAGAAAUUAUGAAAAGCAA